AUGACACUCUUGGCCUCGGGUGAUCCCGUGCCUACUUUUCCGAUGUAUUCGAUGCUCUAUGUUCAGCAGAACCCGGGCGCAGGAGGUAUGAUGACCUGGAAUGGCUCGGAGAGUGGCGCGGGCUUGGAGGGCUCGCCCAAUUGGUGGUCCAACCAGAUGCCGAAUAACUUCCAGAACUUAUCCCUGCAACAACAGCAGAUGCAAGUUCCAAUGCAGAUGUCGAUGAUGCCCGUGAACCAAAACCAAAUGGGGGGGCAGAUGCAAUUUCAGCCCAACCAAAUGCAGCAGGCGCAAAUGCAGCAGCAGCAGCAGCUGCAGCAGCAGCAUCAGCAGCAGCAUCAGCAGCAGCAUCAGCAGCAGCAGCAGCAUCAGCAAAUGCAGCAAGCGCAAGCGCAGAUGCAGCAGCAGGCGCAAAUGCAGCAAAACCACAUGCAGCAGAAUCAGAUGCAGCAAAGCCAGAUGCAGCAGACAAUGCAACAGUCGCUGCAGCAGCAGUUGGCCCAGCUUCAGCAUGCCCAGCUUCAGAUGCCGCAGAUGCAGCCGGUGCUGCGACCCUUGCAGCAGAACCAGCUGGCGGAUGACAACCCCAAGAAGGACCAAAGCGAGCGCUCGAUCGAGCGCAUCGAGCGCCACUCCGAGCGCUCCGAGCGCCUAGAGGUCCGAGGGAGGAAGCUGAGCCGGCAAUCUAGCGAGGAGGCUGACAGCUUCAGUGUGCCAGCACAAGGUGAAGAGGACAGCAAGGCAGCUGCAAAGCAGCGGCGGAGGCGCAAGGAGAGCUGGUAA